CUCCAUUCUGCUAGGAUCAGGAGAGAAAGCAUUGCUCACUCUCAAGGUAUGGGUGGAGUCAGUUGGGGUACCUUCACCAUCGGUUCCUGGCUAAAGGAUGAAGUCCUAACAAACUCAAACUUCAUAUCGAUGCCCACUGCUCAAUCAAACUUCUCAGAUGACACUUCAAACUACCUAGCAAAUCUUGAAGCUGAGUAUUGCAAAGACUAUUACUGCUGUGGCGAGUCUCUACCUUCUUUGCACGAUUUGCUAAAACACUACGAAGAAUCACAUCUAACCUCUUCUCCCACAAACGAUCCUGCACAAAGAAGAGCCUAUGAUUCAACUAUAGCAAAUCUAACAGAAGCUGUAUCAACAAACGAAGUUUUCCUAUCCGAUGCUGGAAUUAACUUAAAUAUAAAUGGAAAUGAUUCAAACUCAUUUUCAUUAACACAGUUUACUUCCAAUAAUAAUCAACCUCUUCAGAAUCAUACAAAUAUAACCAACUUGUCUAAUCUAGGCAACAUAUCUCACCACAGACAAAAUAAAAUCAGCGAGGUUGAUGAAAUGUGCAUUGACGAUCCCGCUAGGCAUCUCUAUGUUGAAAGAGGAGAUUCAAAACCUUUCAAAUGCCCAGUCAUUGGCUGCGAUAAAUCUUAUAAAAAUCAAAAUGGUUUGAAAUACCAUAGGUCUCAUGGUCAUCAAAAUCAAAAACUUUUCCAAAAUGAAGAUGGCACGCUAUCAAUUAUCGACCCCAUUUCCAAUGUACCAUAUACUGAUAAUAAUAUUGCUCUAGAAAGAGAUAAACCAUAUAGAUGUGAAGUCUGUGGCAAGAGAUAUAAAAACUUAAAUGGUUUGAAAUAUCAUAAAGGUCAUUCUACACAUUAA